AUGACCGUCCUCACUCCCCCCAAGCUCGACGAUGAGUACAAGAUACCAAUCGCCCAGGCUGGUUAUUUCGGAUACAGCUCCCGCGGGGGGUCAUCUGUUGGUUCUAGUGGUUCGAGGUCCGGUGAUUCGGGUUCCAGCGGUUCAGGUACGAGUGGCUCGGGCACCAGCGGUUCUGGUUCCGGUGGUUCCGGAUCAAGCAGUGGUGGUCAGGGCACUUCCAGCUCUGGUUCUCGUUCUAGUUCUGAUUCAACCUCUGGAAACAGUGGCGGUUCAUCCGGUGGCAAUUUGAGCUCGGGAAGUGCUGAUAAGGAGAAGAAGUAG